AUGAUUUGUCUCGACAAAGUACUUUGCAGUUCAAUGCUUGAUAUAAAAGGUGAACUUCUGUCAAGAUGCAAAUACAAAAGUGCCGAGGUUCAACUCCUGACGUCCUUUUUACAACCUGAUAUAAAUUUAUCGAUGCCUUCAAUAAUUGUUGAAGGGCCACCUUCCAGUGGAAAAUCAUAUACUUUGAACACCUACCUUGAAUUAUUAAAGAAAGGGAAGGGACUAAAUCAUAUAAUUAUUGAGUGUGAAUAUUGCUUUACACAACGGGAAAUUUUGAGGAGAUUACAAAAAGAACUGCUUAAGCAUUAUAAACUUUUAAAGAUUAAAAAUACUGAUAAGAUGCAACUAUCUGACUCGAUAUCCACGUUUCCUGGGUGCAUGCAAGAGAUGAUUAAGUACCAUAAGCUAGCGAACAAUGGAAGAAUUGAUCCUGUGGUCAUUGUCCUUGACCGAAUCGACCGAUUGCCAAUUUUUGAGAAUCCAGGCGAGUUAAUCAAAUGUUUAGGUCGAUUAUAUGAAUUAGGUGAAGAUUUCCAAUAUUUCUCUGUCGUCAGUGUUGUGACCAGAUGCGAUUUUCUAGAUUUAAGUACGUUAUCGUUACCUAUUGUAAAUUUCGAGAGGUAUUCACUCAAAGAGUUCAAGGAAAUAUUAGUAGUGCAUUGGCCAGAAUUUUGGGAUAAUAGACUUUACUGCAUUGAGGAAGACAAUUCGGAUUCUGAAAACGAAACUGAGAAAAUAGAACUUGAAUUGGAUGAUAACAUGAAGAAGGGAAUAUUUCGUCAAUUUAUAGAUUUGAUGAUGGAUACAUAUUCUGGAUACCUUGGCUUGAGUGUUGAAAUUGUUAUACCAAUACUACGAAGGAUUUGGCCGAUUUUCCUCAAUCCAAUCCUUAAAGAAGGUACCAUCAUGAAGGAUAAAAACGAUAUACUCACAACGUUCAUCAAGAACAAGAAAAUGCUGGGUAAAUCAAUAGCGGUUGUCGGUAAAUUAGAUAAUUCAGAUCUUUCACUAUCAAAAUAUACAAAGGUGGACCAAGUCUCGCUUGGAAAUGUAACCGAAUUAGAGGUUAGAAAAGGACACUAUGAUUUGUCAUUCAAAACAAAAUAUUUAUUAAUUGCUGCCUUUCUUGCAUCAUAUAAUGAAGCUAAAUACGACAGACAGUUUUUCAGUAAGGGUAACCAAUAUAAUUCCUCAAUUAUAAGACAACGAAAAAAGAGAAUGGUCAAUAUUGAAUCGGGGAAUGGGCAGUUGAGAAGAGCAAUGAAUGCAGCUAUUCCUUUCAAAUUAGAGAGAUUGCUUGCGAUAUUGAAUUCCAUCUGGACAUCAAAUGUCGAGGACUCAACCACUAUUAUUGACGACGUUGAGUUGAUGACGGAAAUUGCCACAUUAGUGUCGCUGAAGGCCUUAGUUAAGUUCAAAGGAGGAGACACAAUUGGAGGACAAACAAAGUGGAAAUGCAAUGUUCAUUGGAAUGUCAUCAAAAAGUUUGCAGAUGACGUUGGGUUUGAGAUCGAGAAUCACUUACAAGAGUAA